AUAACGCAAACUUGGCCAAACCGUGCCGAUAAAUGUAUUCAAACAGGGCAAAGAGUGGAUGAGCAACCACCACUACGGAUGGAAGAAGCUUAUUACGAUGGUGAUGAUGAUGAGUGGGAGGAGGGAAGCAGUGUUUUAAGCGGCGAGGAAGACGAAGCCGACUAUGAUUUAGUAACGGGAAAACGGAUCGUGGUGCCAAGCACAAAGCGAUACAUCUAUACUGUCUUUGACUGA